AUGGCCGGCCGAUUCGUGAGGGCCUCCAAGUACCGUCAUGUAUUUGGAAAGCCCACGAGAAAGGAGUUUUGCUACGAUAACCUGCACAUCAGUCGCAAUGCGUGGGACACCAACCUCGUCAAGGUGAAUCCGGAGUAUUUGUCCGUCAAUUGGGAUUCUUCCGGCGGCGGUGCCUUUGCCGUGAUUCCCCUGAGCGAGAGGGGCAAGCUGCCUGAUCAGAUUCCUCUGUUCCGGGGACACACGGCUACAGUCCUGGACACGGACUGGAACCCCUUCAACGAUCGCGUCAUCGCUUCCGGUUCCGAGGACGGCAAGGUGUUUGUGUGGGAGGUCCCCCGGGACUUUACGCUGUACACUGACGCCGAAGAAAUCACUGAUGUGUCGCCUGUGUGCAAGCUCGCUGGUCACUCAAGGAAAGUCGGACAGGUGCUCUUCAACCCCGCCGCCGAGAACAUCCUCGCGUCCGCCUCGGGCGACUUUACAAUCAAGAUUUGGGACGUGGAUACCGGCAAGGCGCCUCUUGCCUUGAAGCACAGCGACAUCGUUCAGAGUCUCUCGUGGAACGCCAGCGGUACCAUGCUCGUGACGACCUCCCGCGACAAGAAGAUUCGAGUCUGGGAUGUUCGCCAGGAGAAGCCGGUCCACGAGGCCGCUGGCCACAGCGGCGCCAAGAACAGCCGAGCUGUCUGGAUGGGCGAGCACAACCGUUUUGCUACCACCGGCUUCUCGAGAAUGAGUGAGCGACAGAUAGGUCUGUGGGAACCGGGGAGGCCGGAGCCUAUUGGCGGCUUUACUAUGCUGGAUUCAAUCUCUGGCGUUUGCAUGCCAUUCUGGGGUCAGUCCUUGGCGGGCCUUUGUGUACAUUCGCCGGGCAGCAUGCAAAGGGUGAAGCGCCUGUUUCCACGAGUACGCUUGGGUCACUUUAUUAACGAGGUUUGUAGUGACGGCAACAUUCGCUAUUACGAAUACGAAAACGACAAGUUUGAAUUCCUCAGCGAGUACAAGUCUCCUGAUCCUCAACGAGGCAUUGCUUUCCUGCCCCGACGCGGCAUCAACGUCCAUGAAAACGAGGUGAUGCGAGCUUACAAGACCGUCAGCGACACCUACAUCGAGCCCAUCUCCUUCACCGUUCCCCGCCGCGCCGAAACCUUCCAGGCUGAUAUAUUUCCUCCCGCUGUUGGCACCAAACCCGCCGUCGGCGCCCAAGGGUGGCUUGGAGGCAAGACCGGCAUCCCGGCCAAGAUCGACUUGGAGAGCAUCUACGACGGCAGCGCUCCCAAGGAGGUGCCGUCCGACUAUAAGCCCUCCACACAACCUGCUCCUGCUCCUGCUCCCGCUUCUCCCAAGAAGGAGGAAGCCAGGCAGGAAGACCAGAAACGAGCGCCUGUGGCUCGUGGUCCUCCGCCCAGCACGAACGACCAGAAGGCGUCCAUCUCGAACGUGGCCAACAAGUUCCAGGACAAGCAGGAAGAUGAGGAAGAUGACCAAGACGAGACUUCUAGCUUCGAAGAGAUCUCGCAACCAACGCAGCGAACCGCCGGUCGAAACGACCCCAAGCCUCUGCCGGUUCCCGUCAAGACGGAGCGUCCCCCGACUCCCGAGCCAGCCAAGCUGGCAUCUUCGGCCAAGACUCCCACUCCUACUGCGUCCUCGACUGCCGCCGCAGCACGGUCAUCCACGCCAUCUGCCGGCGUCGAAGCCUCCCUGGAUCAGAUCAAGCAGCUGCUAGAGAACCAGGCCAAGAUUAUCAAUGUCCAGAACGACAAGCUUUCCCUGCUAGUAGGCGAAGUCGAGUCUUUGAAGAAGAAGGUCAACAAUUCUGCGUCCCAGGAUCAGAGUGAGCGCAUCAGACAAUUGGAAUUGGAGCUUGAGGAGGCGCGAUCGUAA